AUGAACCAUUUACGACCGGAACUAGCCGAGCAACUUCCUCAAAUAGUUCUUCAACAAGAGCCAUCUGAUUUAACCAAUACUAAUGAACAUGAUAAUAUCUUUGUAACAAAUGUGACUCUUAAUGACCAUCAAGCAAAUAUACGUCGUCGAGCACCAACAAGACAUUCAAUAAAAUCUUUAACUAAUCGAAAAUCAUUAUCAAAACAAAAUUCAACAAAAGAGAAACUUUAUAAAAAAAAAAUGUCUGUAUCCAAAAUAUCAAAUUCGAAUAGAAGAAAAUUAACAAGAUAUCAUACAAUACAUGUGAAUUCAUCGAUUGAAACAGAAAUACUUCGUAAUAUUCCAAGUGUUUCACAAAUAGCUCCAUUACCGGAAAGUAAAUCAGAUGGUAUUUUACCAAUUUUAAGUCUUGAUAGACGUGAUUCAUCAAAUUCAAUAGAAUCUGAUAAUGAAUUAUCAUUAAAUAUAGAAAUAACAAAUACUUCAAAUGGUCAUGAACCGGUGGGUGAAUACAAUAUAUAA